AUGCAAGCGUAUUACCCACCCCAGCCCCAGCCCCAGCCCUACUACUACUACUACGGGGCGCCCUACAUGCAAGCCCCCGCCCAGCCCGAGCCCGUGCCCAUGCAGCCACAACUCGAGAGCGACUGGGACCUCGACGACGACCACGAGGCGAUCCACUUCCUCUUCGCCAACCCCCACGCCGUGGACAUGAUCGACGGAGACCUGAUGGAGGCGAUCAAGUCCAAGGCCAAGGAGCUCCACGCAAGGCUGAGCAAGGGGAAGAAGAGGUCCGCCGGACACCACCCCCCAGCGGCAGCGCACAGGGUCAGCGUCGGAGGCAUCAUCAACGACCCCAACCGCCUCAGCUCGCAGUUGCUGCAGCGCUAUAGCUAG